UAUUAAUAUAUAUCUCUUUGAUGGAUUCGAAAGUUUAGUUCUCUUCCCUGUACUACUCAUUUUUCUUUACUUUGUAAACAACUAAACAUGGAAGAUGCAUAGAAUUUCAUAUGAAGGUCAUUCACAAUCAUUUAAUUGAAAAUAAUCCGUUUUAAUCAUCCACAAGCAAUAUUUAAUGUUUGAAACAAUCCCAAAUAAUAGUCACAAGUGGUUCGCAUCAUAUGCAUAUUACAAAAGAAUAAUUGAUGCGGCAAUAAAUUAAGUGACAAAUUAUCUACCAAUACCACUUCUUGGGUUUGAACUAGAAUACAUACAUUUAUCAAAACCAAUUGGCCCAUUGUUUUGCAUGGUGGUUUUAUUCCUCAUUUGGCUGUUAUAUGUAAAAAUGCCUUCCCCACACUUUACCUCAAAGCACAUUGGUUCACAGCGUUUAAGCAUUGUUUUGAGUAUCUCAAUCCCAUUGCUUUGUGAUUGCUUUGUGUUUAUUUUUUAAUAGGAAAUGAGUUGGUCGUCGAGUGAUAAUUUUUUUGUGAGCUCAAAGUUAGAGGUCUUCUCGGUAGACCUCUUUUGCGAACCAUUGGAAUUGACACAAAGCAAAAAUGUCAUCUAUGACGGGCCGAAGGGUAAUGAUUUCAAGAGAUUCUUGCGUUCUAAGAACUUUCGAGUAAACCGUCAGGGAAAGGCUAUUUUACGUAUCCAAAAGCGCGACGACGAUGGUGAAUUCCUUGAAUAUAAGUAUGAUACCUUUGUUCUAGAAACGGUGGUACCGUUGGGCCCUUUCGGUUUCCAGAAUGUACCGUUGCCAAAGCGGCAAGCGGUGAAUGAAUUGCAAAGCCUCCUGGAUCAUACCAAGGCAGAAUUGGCGAAGAAGAAUAAUGAGCUUAAUGAAUCGCAAAGCCUCCUGGAAAAUACCAAGGCAGAAUUGGCGAAGAAGAAUGAUGAGCUUAAUGAAUCGCAAAGCCUCCUAGACAAUACCAACGCUGAAUUGGCGAAGAAGGAUGAUGAGCUAAAUGAAUCGCAACGCCUCCUUGACAAUACCAAGGCCGAAUUUGUGAAGAAGAACAAUGAGCUUAAUGAAUUAAAGAAGCAAAGGAUUGAUCGGGACUGGAAUUCGAACAGUUCCUGA